AUGCCUCCUGCGUCGAGGGUCCCGACCGACGACGCUCACCCGUUCCCCGGUGUGCCUAGCCCGCAGAAACCCAAGGAGAGGAUUGACGCCGACGGGUUCCACCGCGCGGUGGCGCUGCUAGCGCACCAGGGCACGAAGCUGCUCGGAACACAAGAGGUAGAGGAUAAUUUCUGGCGCCAGGAUACUGCGUUCUUGCGGAAGGGUCACAUCGCGAGAGUCCUGCGGAGUAUCGGGCGAUCUGACUGGAAUAGCUUCUCCGCGGAUACGGCGCCGGCGGUGCUGAGCGAUGCGGUGGAUGUGCUCGCGACGACGCAGCCGUCGCCGGCGCAGCUGCAGGCGGCGGCGGGGCGGUUGUUGGUGGAAAGCGGCUCGCCAGUGCGGUACUUGGUCGUUUGGGGAGAGCUUGCGCGCUUGCUGGGCUUGGUGCUGCGGUUGAGAACCAUUAUUGCUGAUGGAGAGUUGGUGUCGGCAGAGAUCGUGGAUAUGAUGAUGGAUGCUCCGCCAAAUCUGCUGUCGCACUUUCAUCAAUUGUGGGCAGCACCGUUCCAGCCACAGUUGGCAGACGACGAUACGGUAUUUGAGCAAGUUGAUGAUAUGCAGUCCCGGCUGUUGGCAGCGGCUUCAUUAUUCAUUCCGUUACCUGAGGCAUCAGCGCAUCUCCCCACAACAUCAUCGAAUCCACACCUGACCCUCAAACGACUCGAGACAAUCCAAGAGCCCAACGUCCUCACAUCACAUCACCUGGCUUCGUGCAUUCCCUGCACAGCGACCUGCACCAGCACCUCAUUUGAGCGACCAAUCAAGACCCGUCUGACAAUGCUCCAACAGUUGUCGGGGAACUUUCCUCCCCGGGCCAUUAUGCACGAGUCCCGACAGCAGCGGAAAGCAAAGCCCCAAGACCUGAGACGUUCACCUGCUCUUUCAGCUGCAGCCGGAGUUCCGAAUUCUCCGAUGGGAGAAGUCACACACACUGCUCAAGACCUCAAGACCCACUAUGAGCUGGCCUCGCUCAAGAGCGACGGAGCAGAAGGUGCAAUCACAGAGAGCGCUAUGCAGGCCUAUAUCAUCGACGACCCCAAGAAGGCGCGAAUGCGCAUCAAUACCGCAACCAAGACAGUCUCCAUGCACAGCUCAGUGGCGUUGGGAACCUCAGACAGAAAGGGACAUAGAGAUGUCACACUCUGUGGGUCAAGAAUUGCAACGGAACAUGGUGACUGGGAGGUCGUGGUUCAGCCUUGUUGA